CUAAUCUUUUUCAUCUGCAUUUUAGCACCGGGCGUGCGUGAGCUUUGGUCUCUGUCGAACGAAACUCCAUCAGAAAUUCAGUUAACGAUGUGCAGAGUCUCAGGUAUAUAAUUUACCUUGCCUCCGAACCCCGAACUACGUUGUAGGGUUUUCCCUCCAAAUAAUUCACUCUUUCGUCCACUAAACCAGCAAAGUUUCACUACCUUCCAAUUACAUCAAUGGCGAUCGACUUAGCGAUAAACACAGAUAGAACCCGGAAAUUUGUCGAUGACCUUGAAGCCCGAAAGACCGUUCUAACCUCCUGCACCCAAUUGUUAACAACCCUUACCUCUCACUUCACUUCCCUUCAAGACUCCCUAUCUCAGAAAUCUCAAUCCCUAGAUUCCAAAUUUCAAUCUUUGGAGUCCAAUUCUCAGGACACCCUUGAAUCCCUGUCUCAGAGGGAAACCUCUAUCCCUGAACGCGAGUCCGCCGCUGCAGCCAAAAUCCAGGAGCAAAAGGAGAAGGCUUUGGCGGAUUUUGAAAAGCCUUCGAAAUUUGAUAACUUGUCGGAUUUGUUAAAGUCGCUUUGUCGAAAAAUGGAUUCCUCCGGAUUGUUAAAGUUCGUUAUUUCCAAACGGAAGGAGUCGGUGUCGAUGCGGGCGGAGAUUGCACCUGCAAUAACGGAGGCGGUGGACCCCGCAAGGUUGAUUUUGGAUGCUGUGGAUGAGUUUGCGAGUAAUAAAAUUGAGAAGGUUGGAGUUACUGACAAGCGGUGGGCGUGUGGAAUGCUGGUGCAAGUGCUUUUCCCGGAAGGCAGUUACUGUGGCGGGAAACAAAAAGGACCAGAAUUUGCUCGGACUGUGGUGGAGAGGGCAGCAAGUAUUUUGGAGAGGUGGAAGGAGGAGCAAGUUGACGGAGAAGAAGGUGGUGGCGGAGUGGUAGGGCCUGCAGAAGCGGUCAUGUUCUUGCAGAUGGUGGUGGGAUUUGGGUUGAAAUCUAUGUUUGACGAGGAGUUCUUGAGGAAGCUUGUGAUGGAGCAUGCAUCAAGGAGGGAUAUGGCCAAACUUGCAGUGGCUAUUGGUUUUGGGGAGAAAAUGGAAGAGAUGAUAUGCGAACUGGUGAAAAAUGGGAAGGAGAUAGAAGCUGCAUAUUUUGCCUCUGAGUCAGGUUUGACUGACAGAUUUCCUCCCGUUUCUUUGCUCAAGUCUUACAUUAAGAACUCCAAGAAGAAUACAGCCACUAUCUUGAAGAAUGGCAAUUAUAAUGCAGCUGCAACAGAGGAGUCAAAUGCUGUGGAGCUGAAUUCUAUUAAAGCUGUCAUCAAAUGCGUUGAAGAUCACAAGCUUGAAUCUGAGUUUCCCCUGGAUAGCUUAAGGAAGCGUGUUACUCGGCUGGAGAAAGCUAAAGCAGAGAGGAAGAAGAGUUCAGCAGCAGCUGUUGCUGCUAAGUCUCAAAAUAAGCGGGGUGCAAAUAUCGGCAGGGGCCAAAGGCCACCUGCUUUUCGUCCACCCAAAGCAGCUAAAUUUUCAAAUGCCUAUCCACCUUUUGGCCGCCGGAACCCUGCUCCACCGCCACAGCAUAGCCCAGUUGCAAGAUAUUCUGGGCCAUAUAACUAUCCUAGCCAGAGUAUCUAUGAGGGCCACUCAACCACCUCUUAUGCAUCAACUUAUGGUGCUAACCAUACUCAAAGCCCUGCUGCAAUUCCUCAACAACACUAUUCACUUCCCGUGGAUAAUGCAAGUGCUGCUGGUUACCGUGCAAGUGGUUCGUAUGCAGGACAGGCCAAUUAUGUUGGUUAUGAUUAUGGCACUGGGGCUCCAUCCACAUACCAGCCUUCAUCAUACACACAACAGUAGAGAGGUUGGGCUAAUUCAAUGAUUAGGGACUUCUACUUCUCUCUCUCUCUCUCUCUCUCUCUCUCUCUCUCUUUCUCUCUCUCUUUGUAAUAUCGAGUUAGGUCCCUUAUCAUUUUGGAGCCUUCUGUAGGAUUUAUCAAUGUUCCUUGCUCUCAUUAACCAGUGAUGAUUCGGAUCCUAGUAAGUUUAUUUUUACCUUGCUUGGAGACUGAAGGUGGACCUGAUUUUCAUUUGUUUGAAGCUUCCAAUGUUUGAGUCUUCAAAGAAUCAAACAAAAGUUAAACUAUUCCCCCAAAAAGACGAUCAUGAAAAUAUUCUCAAGGCCUUAA